ACGAAACCCUAGCAGUUGUUAUAGUAACGGCGUUGUGUAUAUGUUAGAUCUUUAAUAAUGACUGGGUUAGAGCAGAGUACUAACACUUAUCUUAUCAGACCGAAUUAUCAACACAGGUUCAGGGUGUCAGUGGUGAGGGAAUGUAUUAGAGAGAUUCUGAAAGAGAAUUUAUCUGGAGUUCGGUACGAUCCUGAGGAAACUCCAUUGCUCACACAAACACUGGCUGAAACCAUUAAGCACCGUGUUAAAGGUCUAGGUUUGGACAGAUACAAACUGAUGGUUCAGGUGAUGAUUGGAGAACAGAGAGGACAGGGGGUGAAGAUGACAUCUCGCUCUUUCUGGGAUUCAGAUACAGAUGGCUGUGCUAAAGAAGUUUAUAUGAAUGACAGUAUGGUGUGUGUAGCUACUGUAUAUGGAGUUUAUCAUUAUUGACACAGGACCAGAAGCUCUCAUCUAAAAACAUGUUGGAUACCACUUUUCCGUUCCGCUUUUAUUUAUACACAUUUUUUUUUUUUUUUUUUU